AUGCUCUCACGUGUUGCUGCAGCGAAGGCACCCCGCGCACACAACCGUCGCCGCGUGACCGGAUCCAGCGGGAGGAGGAGGGAAGGAAGAGAGAGUGAGCCGCAGAGGCUCAACAUGUCCCGGCGUGUGUUUAAUUCCGCGCUGCUUCUCCUUCUCCUUGUUGUGAUGAUGUGCUGCAACGCUGUUGGGGAUCAGCAAGCUGAUGCACCGGCGCCAGGCCCAGGAUCUUCACCGGAAAAUCAUUUUGUUUGGAGAAAUAAGAAAGAAGAAGAAAAAGUGGGUUCGCUCUAUUUUCCCAGUCUUCUUGAGGUGAAUGGUAAAGUGUUUGCCGUUGCCAAGGCGCAGUGCACGGAGAAUGACAAGGUUUUUACUGGGAUUGCCUCGAAGCUCCUGACGUUGGAUAAGAGUCAAACAAAGGAGGAGUUGGAUGCGAGUAAAGUGAAGACACAAGUACUGGUGGAAUGUCCAUCCGAUAAAGCGGAAUGCGCCUCCCAACCAGAGGACCAUGCUGUUUCCCAAAGCGAAACGAAAGUAAUUGUGAACCGACCGACAACAGUCGUGAAGGAAAAUGAUAUUUACAUGCUUGUUGGGAACUACAGCAGUGCAGAUGACGCUUCUUCUCAUGAGACUGCAUCUGACGCGGCUAUAUUGGAACUUUUGCUGGUGAAAGGAAAGGUUGGUGGUGAGAGCAGUGACAGUAUUAUUUGGGGAGAUACCUCUGGCGUCCCGUGCAUUUCUACUGUUGAAAAAGAAAAAGUAGCUUUGACACGACUGAUUGGCGGCGGUGGAUCGGGUAUUAAGAUGCAUGAUGAUACGCUUGUGUUCCCCGUGGAAGGCACGAGUAAAAAGGAGGGUGAAGCAACAAACGAUGAAAAGGCCGUUUCGUUGCUCAUAUACUCCUCCGAUAACGCUGGGGGUUGGAAGCUGUCGAAGGAGGUUCCUCACAGUGGCUGCGGUGAUCCCUCCGUCGUGGAGUGGGGGAAGGAGGACAAAAAACUCAUGAUGAUGACUGCGUGUGAUGAUGGCCGCCGCAGGGUGUACGAGUCCGGUGACAAGGGGGAGUCGUGGACGGAGGCACUCGGGACAAUCUCGCGCGUGUGGGGCAACAAACAGGGCGAAGGUGGCGUUAGAAGCGGGUUCAUCACAGCGACGAUUGACGGUGUUGAUGAUAACAGAAAUGUGAUGCUCGUUACUCUGCCGGUUUAUCCCGAGGAGGACAGUAAUAAAGAAACGGGCAAUGGAAAGGGCGUACUCCAUCUUUGGCUGACGGACAAUACGCACAUUGUUGAUAUUGGGCCGGUAUCCGAGAUGGAUGACGCUGCCGCCAGCUCCCUGUUGUACAAAAGUGCUGAAAGUGGUGAUAAUAAUGAGAAGGAGGAGUUGAUUGCACUGUACGAGAAGAAGAAGGAUGGUGGGAAAACAUCACACAGUCUUUGGUCUGUGCCUCUGACUGCGCAGCUACAGCGUGUGAAGGAUGUGCUGGCGACGUGGAAGAAAGCGGACGACAUUGUCUCCAAGCUGUGCCCUUCUAAAAGUGAUGUGGAUGAUGCCUCAACUGCCACUGCCUGCAAUACUGUUAAGAUCACGGAUGGGCUGGUUGGCUUUUUGUCCGGCAACUUCUCUGAGAACACAUGGAGGGACGAGUACCUCGGGGUGAACGCCACAGUGAAGAAGAAAGAUGGGGCGGAACCGGCGGAGAAUGGCGUGACAUUUAAAGGACGUGGUGCGUGGGCGGAGUGGCCUGUUGGCAGUCAGGGGGAGAAUCAGCCGUACCACUUUGCGAACUACAACUUCACUCUUGUGGCGACGGUGUCCAUCCACGGUGUGCCGACGAGUGUCAGCGUCCCUGUGAUGGGUGUGCGUCUGAGUCGUGAAGGAAACAAAAAAACUUUUGAACUUUCGUACGACAAGGAAAAGAAGUGGCAGGUGCUGUGCGGUAGCGGAAACCCCGAGGAUCAAAGCCGCACUUUGGCGACGAAUACAACACACCACGUCGUGAUUUUGCUAAGAAACGGCACCCAGGGCUCCGCGUACGUCGAUGGUAAGCGUGUGGGUGGGAAUGAAGCGUGUGCAUUGGAAAAUACGGAUUUAGAAGGGAUCUCCCACUUCUACAUUGGAGGGGAUGGAGGUGCAAAAGGCGACGCAGGGAGCCAAGAAGGCGUGUCUGUGACUGUGAUGAACGUCCUGCUGUACAACCGCCCGUUGAAUGACGAUGAGAUUACUGCGCUUAACACAAAACUUUCUAUUCCAAAAGCAAGAGGUGCAAAAACAGUGGAGGGUACUCCACCAGUGGCAAGUAAACAAGCUACGCCGGAAGCCGAAACUCCGUCUAGUCUUGGCGGGCAACAGCAGACUGAACAGGAUUCGUUGAGGACAAGUGAAAAUGCGGGGAGUGGCGUUUUAUCCACGUCAGCGGCAUCUACAGCUAAGAAUUCCCCAGCAGCCAAUAAAUCCGAAAACCAGUCAGCGUCGGGAACAUAUCCCGAAGGACAUCCAAAUGUGGAUGUUGAUUCUUCGUCCGAGGGAGGCCAAACGGUGGAUGCUGAAGCUGGAGACACGGUGCAGGGAGAUGAAACACAACAACCGUCAGUGGGCACUUCCGCCACAGCAGAUACAAAUGCCCCUACCGCUGAAACCAUGGCGCCAGAUGGAACCGCAGUGGCACCUGAGGUGGGUGCGCACUCUGGCGAGAAUGGGGAGACGGCGGGAGGAACUAAUGGGCAGGAGAAAGAGGAUAUCCAUGCACGGGACGGCGAAGUAAAGGCUGCGGCCCUCAACAGCAGUCUCGGAAAUGUGUCGCAGGGGAAUAACAGCGAUGCCGGCACUGUGCGUGGGAGCGGACUGCUGCCAUCGCUGCUUCUUCUGUUGGGACUGUGGGGUUUAGCGGCUCUGUGA